AUGCCGCCCGAGCCCUGCGAGCUGCCGGAGGCUCUCCAGGAGGAGCUGGAGAUCCUCAGGGCCAUCUAUGGAGACGAGACGGUGAGGCUUUUGAAAGAGAAGAGGAUCCAGGAUGACGGCGAGGAGCCAAUCUGUUGCUUAGAAGUUGACCUCGAGCCGAUGAGCGAGGAAGGCUUUCAGCUGGUGUGGGUGACGCUGCUCGUGACAGUUCCGAAAGGAUACCCACUGACAGCCACGCCCAAGAUCGAGGUCGACAAGUCGCGGGGGAUCGGCGACGCAGCGACCGGGGCGAUGAUGGAUGCUGCCAAGAAGGGCAUUGAGCACCACGGGCUGCAGGAGCAGGGCUGCCUAGGGCCUAUCCUCUCCGAGGUGAAGGACGCCCUGGGAAAAACGGUCAGCGAGUGCUCCAUUUGCAUGGACGAGUGCGAUCCAGGCUCGGCCAUUUUCGUGGCGUGCAACUGUGUCUUCCACCGACACUGCAUCGAGGAGUGGCGCGCACUCAAGGAUGAGGAGAAGAGAAAGAAGGCGGAUGCCGCCACGGAAAGCAUCAAGUCGCAGCGAGAUGCUCUGGAGAAGCAGUGUGAGGAGGCAGACUCCCAAGUGGAGGAGCAAGACAAGCAGGUGGCGUAUGCCCAGCUACAGGUCGAUCGAGCUGCCUCUGUGGUGGAGCAGGCGAUGAAGAAGGCCCAGGCCGCUGCCAACGACGACGAGCCCGAGCCCUCGGAGCCCGAGAAUGGCGAGGAGGAGGAAGGCGACGAAUCCGACUCGUCCGUGGAGCCCGAUGUCAUCGACUACCGCAACGAGGCUCGCUGGGGAGCUCCGGAAGUGAGCCUGGGAGGCCUCUACCAGAACAAGCACACGAAGAAGAACUGGCAUCCGAGCGUCCGGAUGAACCGCAAGCGCCCGAAGAAGUACCUCAAACGCAUCGAUGAGAAGUUGGAUGAGAUGAAGAAGGAGGGCAAGAGGCAGCUCAGUGAGGAGAUGUCGCAGGCCGUGACGAAGUGGGAGAAGGCCCAGUUCGAGCAGAAGGAGGCGAAGCUCGUCCUGGACAAGGAGGUGGAGACCUUGAAAAAGCUGAAGGAGCGCUCCGAGAAGCUGGUCGGGGAGCUGGAGUGGGUGAGCAACUACCUCGGCGAGGAGCGGGCGAAAUUCACGUCCUUGCCCCUUCUCUGCCCUGUCUGCCAGAACGAAGUCGAUGCCAAGGUGGAGGCAGCCGCGGAAGUCCUUCCCACUGGCGAAGGAACUGGACCAAAUGAGGAGGAGAGCCGAGAUUCCGCGGAGCAGGAUGAGGCGGCUCGCCGCGCCCGCGAGGCGGCGGAGGAAGAGGAGCUGAAGCGCCAGAAAGCGCAAGCCGAGCUAGCGGAGCGGGAAGAGCUCCAGCCCCCGAAGCCCGAAGACACGGACGUGGCAGAGGGUGACGAGGGCAGCUCUGCGUCGGCCAGGGGCGACGACACCGAAGACAUCGAGAGGGUGGUCAGCCUCUCGACUCAGACAUGA